AGCUUGUUAAAUGCUCGUAAGAACUCUAAAUUCAGGAAGUUGACACAUGCUUAAACAACAAUAAUAUUUAAGUUCCUUCAUCUUAAUAAGGUAAGCAAUGCAUUCAGGGACAAAAUUUUCAUGUCCUUUUUUUUUUGUCACUAAGCAGAUUGCUAAACGGAGGCCUCACAAGGGCGUGGCUUUUGUCAUUGGAGGUUCUGUUUAGGCGUGCCUUUGCUCCUCCCGGAAGAGAACAUCCAUGUUAGUUGUAGUAUAGCACAUCAUGGAGCUCCACUGAGCAGGUCUUGCAGUUUUGAGGUCCGCUGUUCGAAGCUGGGCGCUGUCCUUCCUGUGAGGAGUUUGCAUGUUGUUUGCAUGUUAACCUUUUUCUCCCAAUAGCAUGCAUGAUAGGUUAUAAACGCAAUAUAAAUGAAAGGCUAAUUGGGGAAAAAAAGAAAUGUAGGUUAUGAUAAGGACAGAAAAAAUAAACAAAACCUAUGUCACAUGAAUGAAAGUCAAAACCAUUUUCAUUUCUUUGGAUAUUAAAACAUGUACUUUAAAAAUGAGAGAGAAAAAUGCGAUUGAUUAAGACAUUAAGACGUAGAGUAUCUCAUAGACUAGAGAAGGCCAAUGUUACAAAACCUAUGUGACAUUGAUCAACAAGAACAAAACACGGAUGUGAAACCUACCUAAGAUCAUACUCAUUUAUUCAACUUUAGAAAAGCAUGUACUGACUGUUAAAAUAAUUACUAGCUCAAACAUUUAUUAAAGGGUAAACAUGUAUUUGGUUCUUUAAUGGACAUAUUGUUACAAAGGGGACAUGAAAAACAUGCUUGAUCUUUAUGUUACAUUGGCUACCAUUAAGACCGUCAAUGGCACUGAUGAUCAUUCACUGCCAGUCCUUCCCAUUUCAAGUGGACUGGACGUCAAUCACCAUCAAUGGCAGCCAAUUAGUCAAGCAAGACAAAGACCACUUGAGCUAACCAUGCAAUACGUAAUAAACGAAGGACGCGUCUGCGUGCGUGUUGUCCUGCAGUUCUGGGAGGUGAUAAGUGACGAGCAUGGCAUCGACCCAUCGGGCAGUUACCAAGGCGACAGCGAGCUGCAACUGGAGAGGAUCAACGUAUACUACAACGAAGCUUCCGGCAGCAAAUUUGUUCCAAGGGCCAUUCUGGUGGACCUGGAACCUGGGACCAUGGAUUCAGUUCGCUCAGGUCCAUUUGGCCAGCUGUUCAGGCCUGACAAUUUUGUCUUUGGUCAAAGCGGAGCGGGAAACAACUGGGCCAAGGGUCACUACACGGAAGGAGCCGAGCUGGUGGAUGCGGUUCUGGAUGUGGUGAGGAAAGAGUCUGAGAACUGCGACUGUCUGCAGGGCUUCCAACUGACCCACUCUCUGGGCGGGGGCACUGGCUCUGGGAUGGGCACAUUGCUCAUCAGCAAGAUCCGCGAGGAGUACCCCGACCGUAUCAUGAACACGUUCAGCGUCAUGCCGUCGCCCAAAGUGUCCGACACUGUGGUGGAGCCGUACAAUGCCACGCUGUCCGUGCACCAACUGGUGGAGAACACGGACGAGAGCUUCAGCAUUGACAACGAGGCACUCUAUGACAUCUGUUUCCGUACGCUUAAGCUGACCACACCCACCUACGGCGACCUCAACCACCUGGUGUCGGCCACCAUGAGCGGGGUCACCACUUGUCUGCGCUUCCCCGGCCAGCUAAACGCCGACCUACGCAAACUGGCCGUCAACAUGGUGCCCUUCCCCCGCUUGCACUUCUUCAUGCCGGGCUUUGCCCCCCUCACCAGCAGGGGGAGCCAACAGUACCGCGCCCUCUCGGUCCCCGAGCUCACGCAGCAGAUGUUCGACGCCAAGAACAUGAUGGCCGCGUGCGACCCACGACAUGGCCGCUACCUAACAGUGGCGGCCAUUUUCCGCGGUCGCAUGUCCAUGAAGGAGGUGGACGAGCAGAUGUUGAGCGUGCAGAACAAGAACAGCAGUUACUUCGUGGAGUGGAUCCCCAGCAACGUCAAGACAGCUGUCUGUGACAUUCCGCCACGCGGUCUUAAGAUGUCGGCCACCUUCAUCGGCAAUAGCACGGCUAUCCAGGAGCUCUUCCGUAGGAUCUCAGAGCAGUUCACUGCCAUGUUCCGCCGGAAGGCUUUCUUGCACUGGUACACCGGCGAGGGCAUGGAUGAGAUGGAAUUCACCGAGGCCGAGAGCAACAUGAAUGACCUGGUGUCCGAGUACCAGCAGUACCAGGACGCCACCGCUGACGAAAUGGGCGAGUACGAGGAAGACGAAAUGGAGGAAGACGAUGACGGGCGCCAUUGAGAAGGCACCGCCUGAAAGGAACUGUAAAGCCACCUCUGCCGUAUAAUGUAUGGGAACGUGAAAGAGAUGUCAGUGUACAGCCCCGCACUAGUAGUAGAAGCUGCCAUUGCUGUUUUCUGGUCAAAACAAAUAAAACGUUUAGCAUCAAUAAAUUCCAAAUAAAGGUUAAACUUGCAAUCCAACAAC